CCUGACACUUUGAGGAGGCCAGUGAAGGUCGCACGGCACUGCGCAUGUGCAGGGAAGCUUCUGGACGUUUCCUCACGUGGAGAGAAAGAGACAUUCCCCCCUUCAGCAGCGAACUCUGCAGGUGACACUUCGUCGACCACCGAACGUCACAAGAAAAGUCAUGGCCUUCAGAAAGUUCCUGCCACUGUUCGACCGCGUGCUGGUGGAGCGUCUCACCGCCGAGACGGUGACCAAGGGCGGCAUCAUGCUGCCAGAGAAGGCCCAGGGCAAAGUGCUGCAGGCCACAGUGGUGGCUGUCGGACCCGGUUCUGUCAAUCAAGACUUCUACAACUGGCCGGAUGAGUCAUUCGAAGAGAUGGACAGCACCCUGGCGGUUCAACAGUACAUCCAGCAGAACAUCCGCUCAGAUUGCUCCAACAUAGACAAAAUCCUGGAGCCUCCGGAGGGUCAGGAUGAGGGCGUGUGGAAGUAUGAGCACCUAAGACAAUUUUGCCUGGAGCUCAACGGACUAGCGGUCAAACUGCAGAGCGAGUGCCAUCCAGACACCUGCACCCAGAUGACAGCCACCGAGCAGUGGAUCUUCCUAUGCGCUGCCCACAAGACCCCUAAAGAGUGCCCCGCCAUCGACUACACCAGGCACACGCUGGACGGAGCUGCCUGCCUUCUCAACAGCAACAAAUACUUCCCCAGCAGGGUGAGCAUCAAGGAGUCGUCAGUGGGCAAGCUGGGCUCGGUGUGUCGUCGCAUCUACAGGAUAUUCUCCCACGCCUACUUCCACCACCGCCAGAUAUUCGACAAGUAUGAGAAUGAAACAUUCCUGUGUCACCGCUUCACGCGCUUCGUGAUGAAGUACAACCUGAUGUCCAAGGACAACCUGAUCGUGCCCAUCCUGGAGGAGGAGGUGCAGAACACAUCGUCGGCCGGUGAGAGCGAGGCCUGAAGCUCACCGGUAAAAAGCAAACAAGAAGGGAGACAGGAGAAAGAAACGCACACACACACACACACUACUGUACAGUGUACUAAGACUCCUGCCUGGUUACUUGCUACCAUAGUCACCUGUGUCUAACCUGCAGGAACCGUUAGUGUACCUUCCUUGUUGGCCACGCUGUCCCCCGUCUCCUUUAGGGCACACUUCAUCUUUUCAGCAGCUGGAUUUGCAAAAACAAAACAAAAGUAAUCAGUGAUGGAUGUAGUUGACACGCACCUGACAGCCAUGUAAAUAAUCCCCAAUCAUCACCUCUCUGCUAGCUCUCCUUUUCUGACGGUGCUUCUUCACUCUUUUUCUACGUCUGCUUCGGUUUGCGUCGUCUCGUUUGGAGGGGAAGCUUCUUUUUCGCUGUCCCGCUACGGUGAUCAAUCAAUGAGUUUAUGUAUGAUUGCUAGGGAAAGACAAAAGUAGGCGUGUCUCGUGUGCUAGAGAAGAACUUGUAGUUUACUCCCAAGCGGAAUAUUCUUCGUGUUCAUAGACCAAUGUCUCACACCGCCUCCCUUGCAUUAACUUAUUUUGUUAAUCCAACCCACAUUUUUUUUUUUUUGGUUUUUCAAUGGACUAAAAAAGAAUUUUGUUACUGUCGACAUUAUCUUGAUGUCUGUUAAUAAAAUACUUAUUAUUCUGGA